CCAGCCGUGGCCACCAUCCCUACCAGACCCACAGCCCCUCAUCCCACACCCCUGUGUUACAGAGAGACCUGUGGAAGAUGUCGAACCCGAGAAACGGCGACACCAAGCCCCCAUGUUUGCCCCGCAAUGGACUGGUGAAGAUCCCCACGCAACCCAACGGCCUCGGCUCCGCCAGCAUCACCAAAGGCACCCCUGCCGUGAAAAACCGCCUGUGCCAGCCUUCCUCCGUGCCUGCCAUCCUCAGCCCGGCCUUAGCCCACCGCAGCGACCUGCCCAUCCCCAGCCUGGCCUCCCCGCUCUCCUUGGCCACUCUGGCCAGCGUCUCCUCCCCUCCCGGCGCUUCCUUGGUGGGACUGAAUGCGAGCGAAGGCUCGGAGCAGCCCUCCCCCGAGCGGCUGCCGGGCUCGCCCUCGGAAAGGCAGCUGGCGGUGGACGAGAAGAUCCUCAACCGCUUGUUCUGGUACUUUUCAGCGUGCGAGAAGUGCGUGCUGGCGCAGGUGUGCAAGGCGUGGCGGCGGGUGCUCUACCAGCCCAAGUUCUGGGUGGGCUUGACACCCGUCCUGCACACCAAAGAGCUCUACAACAUCCUGCCCAGUGGAGAGAAGGAGUUCGUCAGCCUGCAGGGCUUUGCCGUCCGCGGCUUCGACGGCUUCUGCCUCGUGGGCGUCUCCGACCUGGACAUUUGUGAGUUCAUUGACAACUACCCCCUCUCCAAGAAGGGGGUCAAGUCCAUGAGCCUUAAGAGGUCGACCAUCACAGAUGCGGGGUUGGAGGUGAUGCUGGAGCAGAUGCAGGGCGUGGUGCGGCUGGAGCUGUCAGGCUGCAACGACUUCACAGAGGCCGGGCUGUGGUCCAGCCUCAACGCCCGCAUCACGGCGCUGAGCGUCAGCGACUGCAUCAACGUGGCCGACGACGCCAUCGCUGCCAUCUCGCAGCUCCUGCCCAACCUCACUGAGCUCAACCUGCAAGCCUACCACGUGACGGACACGGCGCUCGCCUACUUCACCGCCAAGCAGGGCUACACCACCCACACCCUGCGCCUCAACUCCUGCUGGGAGAUCACCAACCACGGCGUGGUCAACAUGGUGCACAGCCUGCCCAACCUGAGCGUCCUCAGCCUCUCGGGCUGCUCCAAGGUGACAGAUGACGGCGUGGAGCUGGUGGCCGAGAACCUGCGGAAGCUGCGCAGCCUCGACCUGUCCUGGUGCCCCCGCAUCACCGACAUGGCCCUGGAGUACAUCGCCUGCGACCUGCACAAGCUGGAGGAGCUGGUGCUCGACAGGUGCGUGCGGAUCACCGACACUGGUCUCAGCUACCUGUCCACCAUGUCAUCCCUGCGGAGCCUCUACCUGCGCUGGUGCUGCCAGGUGCAGGAUUUUGGCCUGAAGCACCUCCUGGGCAUGGGCAGCCUGCGCCUCCUCUCGCUGGCUGGCUGCCCCUUGCUGACCACCACGGGGCUGUCGGGGCUGGUGCAGCUGCAGGAGCUGGAGGAGCUGGAACUCACCAACUGCCCCGGGGCCACCCCGGAGCUCUUCAAGUACUUCUCCCAGCACCUCCCGUGCUGCAUGGUGAUCGAGUAGCGC